AUGCCGCCCGUCAUGGCUGUGGAGAUGAGUCGGGCCGCCGAUGUGGACCUAUUCCAGGCACGGGCGGCACUUCAACAUCAACAGAGCCCAGAGGUUUCAGUUCCUCGAGAAUUCAUCACCCAGAUUGUCGAAGAGCUCAUUCAGUGUCGCGAAGCUCAUUCAUCUAUUGCCGAGAUCGAACGAGAAUGUGGUCAUCUCCGCAAAGAACUGCGCAAGCACACCCACAUCAACGAGGCUUUUCAAAAGGAACUUCGUGAGAUUGGCGAGAUUAUUACUCAAGUCGCCCGUGGAGACCUUUCUCAGCGUGCACGCAUGCACCCACUGGAGAUGUCACCGGAUAUUGCGACGUUCAAACAGACUAUCAACACCAUGAUGGAUCAGCUGCAGGAAUUCAGUCAAGAAGUUUCCAAAGUUGCUCGAGAGGUCGGUACUGAAGGUGUCCUCGGCGGUCAGGCCAAGAUUGAGGGUAUUCGAGGUAUCUGGGAGGAGCUGACUGUCAAUGUCAACGCCAUGGCAAACAACUUGACUACGCAGGUUCGCGACAUCACUACUGUUACUACGGCCGUCGCCAAGGGAGACUUGACCCGCAAAGUUCAAGCAGACUGCAAAGGAGAGAUCCUGUUGUUGAAAAAUAUCAUCAACUCUAUGGUCGACCAACUACGUGAAUUUGCCUUUGAAGUGAGUAGGGUGGCGCGAGAGGUUGGCUCAGACGGUACUCUCGGUGGCCAAGCGGUUGUUCAUGGUGUGGAGGGCACCUGGAAGAACCUGACUGAUAACGUCAACCGAAUGGCUUCCAAUCUUACACAACAAGUCCGUGAAAUCGCCAAGGUGACGACCGCCGUUGCCCGUGGCGAUCUAACUAUGAAAGUGACUGCGGAUGUGAAGGGCGAAAUCUUGGACCUGAAGCUCACGAUUAAUUCCAUGGUCGACCGACUUAAUCAAUUCGCGUUCGAGGUUAGUAGGGUAGCACGCGAAGUUGGAACAGACGGCACCUUGGGCGGGCAAGCGCAAGUCGAGAAUGUCGAGGGUCAAUGGCGGAACCUCACAGACAACGUCAAUACAAUGGCUCAAAAUCUCACAAUGCAAGUUCGGGGCAUUUCCAACGUCACUCAGGCAAUCGCUCGUGGAGACCUGAGUACCAAGAUCGAGGUGCAUGCGCAAGGUGAGAUGUUGACAUUGAAAGAAACGAUCAAUAGCAUGGUUGAUGGCCUUGGUCAAUUUGCAUCAGAAUUGAAGAUUGUGGCAAGAGAUGUAGGCGUGCGUGGUAAGCUCGGCGGUCAGGCAAAUACAUCAGGAUCUCACGGCAUAUGGCGAUCCAUCAGCGAAGAUGUCAAUACCAUGGCAGACAACCUCACCUCGCAAGUUCGAGCCUUCGGGGAGAUUUCGGAGGCAGCAGUGAGCGGCGACUUUACAUCCUUGAUUACCAUCUCAGCAUCAGGAGAGAUGGAUGACUUGAAACAAAAGAUCAAUAAAAUGAUCUCUAGUUUGCGAGAGAGCAUUCAGCGUAAUACUGCCGCUCGUGAAGCUGCAGAACUAGCUAACCGCAGCAAAUCCGAGUUCCUCGCCAAUACAAGUCAUGAAAUUAGAACCCCUAUGAAUGGUAUCAUUGGGCUUUCAGCCCUUGCUCUGGACACAGAUGAACUGCCUGCAUCUGUUCGAGAGACCCUAAGUAUGGUCCAUAACCUUGCGAUCAGUCUCUUGACCAUCAUCGACGACAUUCUAGACAUAUCGAAGAUCGAGGCCAACCACAUGAUCAUUGAAAAGACACCAUUCAGUCUUAGCAACACCGUGUUCAGUGUACUGAAAGCCCUAGAUGCCCAAACGAGCGAAAAGGCAAUUGGACUGGUUUAUACAGUUGAUGGAAACGUGCCAGAUUUCCUGAUUGGAGAUGCAUAUCGACUACGCCAAGUUAUUUUCAAUCUCGUGGGAAAUGCAAUCAAGUUUACUGACAGAGGCGACGUUCAUGUCACGAUCAAAAGCAUUGAAGACGGUUCUGGCGCAGCAGACGAAACGAAGUUCGAAUUUUCAGUGUCAGACCCAGGAAUCGGCAUCGAAGAAAGUAAAUUAGGGCUCAUCUUCGACAAGUUCCAGCAGGCAGAUGGGUCGAUGACCCGUCGAUUCGGAGGAACGGGCCUGGGACUUGCAAUUUCCAAGCGCCUUGUUUCCCUCAUGGGGGGUGAUAUCUGGGUCACAUCGAGCAUGGGCCAAGGCAGCAAGUUCACUUUCACUUGCCGACUCAAAGUUAGUGAACCCCCACCAGGGGUCUCAGAGGCAGUUAUUCCUUACAGAGUACGCCAAAUUCUGCUCAUUGAUGAUAAACAUGCGGGCGAGCUCCCUAUCGUGCCUAUGUUACGAGAACUCGGUCUGAAAGUGACGGUCAUGACCGAUGAGGAACUCACACUGAACCAUUGCAAGCCGGAACUUUGUUUUGCAUUUGCUGCAAUCCUCGUUAUGAGUAUGGGUACUGCGGUGAAACUCCGUUCCUAUAGUGGAUUCUCAACCAUUCCGUUAGUAAUGGUGGUAUCGGAACUGUCCCUAUCAAUGAAGACGGCUGGAGCUCUGGGAAUUACAUCAUACAUCACGACUCCCUGUCGAACCAUCGAUCUCUGGAAUGGUAUUUUCCCCGCCUUAGGGAGCCGAACGAUUCACACCCAAUCAGGAAAUGAUCGCCCGUUAUCUAUCCUGCUAGCGGAAGACAACGAUGUCAACGUCAAGGUAGCCGUGCGUAUUCUUGAAAAAGGCAAACAUGCGGUGACUGUCGUGGGCAAUGGUCUGCAAGCCUUGAAAGAGGUCAAGCGUCACCGGUACGACGUCAUCCUCAUGGAUAUUCAGAUGCCUGUGAUGGGUGGAUUUGAGGCAACGACCAACAUCCGCCAGUACGAGAAGGCUCAGGGUCUACCACGAACACCUAUUGUGGCCCUCACUGCGCACGCGAUGCUCGGAGACCGAGAGAAAUGCAUUGAAUGUGGAAUGGAUGAUUAUGUGUCGAAGCCAUUGAACCCGAAUCUGAUGAUGGAAACCAUAUUGAAGUACGCUGCCUUGAACAGCUCACCACUGGCCGUCGUCGCACCUUGA